UAAUCCUACAAUUACAUAAGGCAUGAGGCUCGAUCGCAAAAUCCACCACCAUCAUCGAUCACCAGCAGCCUCCGGGACCGGACAAGCUUUGCGGUCUCCAACCUCCCGCUUUCUCUACACCUGCAUCUCCACACCUGCACAGCGGCACGGCUCCACACCUCCAAAAGCCCCCAAGGAAAUUUAACGAACGAUUGGCUGAA